ACUGCUGCAACUGAAGCAUCCACUACAAAACCAACAACAGAAACAACUGCACAGAUAACAACUAACACCCCAACAAGUACAAUUUCUGAAACAACCACAACGGAUGAAAGAAGCAAUGCUACAGCUGUGUCAUCCACUACAACACCAACAACAGAAAUUGAAAUCUCCACUUUGUACACAUCACAACCAACAACAGCAGAAACAACCAUGUUGACAACAACUAGACCAGCAACAAGUACAAUUCCAGAGACAACCACAGCUACAACUGAAGCAUCCACUACAAAACCAACAACAGAAACAACUGCAGUGACAACUACUGUUAACCCAAGUACAAUUGCAGAAACAACUGCACAGACAACAACUAACACCCCAACAAGUACAAUUACUGAAACAACCACAACGGGAGAAAUAACCAAUGCUACAGCUGUAUCAUCCACUACAUUGACAACUAGCACUGCAACAAGUACAAUUCCAGAGACAACCACUGCUACAACUGAAGCAUCCACUACAACACCAACAACAGUAUCUGACACCACAACUUUAUACACAACAAAAGCUAAUACAAGCACAGCAACAACAGCAGAAACAACUGGAGAGACAACUACUAUCACCCCAGCAAGUACAAUUCAGAGUUCAGAGACAACAAUAGCUGCAACUGAAGCAUCCACUACAAAACCAACAACAGAAACAACUGCAGUGACAACUACUGUUAACCCAAGUACAAUUGCAGAAAUGACCACUGCUACAACCUUGACAUCUACAACACCAUCAACAACAGCAGAAACAACUGCACAGACAACAACUAACACCCCAACAAGUACAAUUUCUGAAACAACCACAACGGAUGAAAGAACCAAUGCUACAGCUGUAUCAUCCACUACAACACCAACAACAGAAAUUGAAAUCUCCACUUUGUACACAUCACAACCAACAACAGCAGAAACAACCACGUUGACAACAAAUAGACCAGCAACAAGUACAAUUCCAGAGACAACCACUGCUACAACUGAAGCAUCCACUACAAAUCCAACAACAGAAACAACUGCAGUGACAACUACUGUUAGCCCAAGUACAAUUGCAGAAACAACUGCACAGACAACAACUAACGACCCAACAAGUACAAUUACUGAAACAACCACAACGGAAGAAAUAACCAAUGCUACAGCUGUCUCAUCCACUACAUUGACAACUAGCACUGCAACAAGUACAAUUCUAGAGACAACCACUACUACAACUGAAGCAUCCACUACAACACCAAAAACAGUAUCUGACACCACAAUUUUAUACACAACACAAGCUAAUACAAGCACAGCAACAACAGCAGCAGAAACAACUGGAGAGACAACUACUAUCACCCCAGCAAGUACAAUUCAGAGUUCAGAGACAACAAGUGCUGCAACUGAAGCAUCCACUACACAACCAACACCACCACCAACAGCAGGAACAACUACAUUGACAAUAACUAGCACUGCAACAAGUACAAUUCCAGAGACAACCACUGCUACAACUGAAGCAUCCACUACAAAUCCAACAACAGAAACAACUGCACAGACAACAACUAACACCCCAACAAGUACAAUUACUGAAACAACCAGAACGGAAGAAAUAACCAAUGCUACAGCUGUCUCAUCCACUACAUUGACAACUAGGACUGCAACAAGUACAAUUCCAGAGACAACCACUGCUACAACUGAAGCAUCCACUACAACACCAAAAACAGUAUCUGACACCACAAUUUUAUACACAACACAAGCUAAUACAAGCACAGCAACAACAGCAGCAGAAACAACUGGAGAGACAACUACUAUCACCCCAGCAAGUACAAUUCAGAGUUCAGAGACAACAAGUGCUGCAACUGAAGCAUCCACUACAAAACCAACACCACCACCAACAGCAGGAACAACUACAUUGACAAUAACUAGCACUGCAACAAGUACAAUUCCAGAGACAACCAGUGCUACAACUGAAGCAUCCACUACAACACCAAAAACAGUAUCUGACACCACAAUUUUAUACACAACAGAAGCUAAUACAAUCACAGCAACAACAGCAGCAGAAACAACUGAAGAGACAACUAUUUUCACCCCAGCAAGUACAAUUCAGAGUUCAGAGACAACAAUUGCUGCAACUGAAGCAUCCACUACAAAACCAACAACAGAAACAACUGCAGUGACAACUACUGUUGAACCAAGUACAAUUGCAGAAAUGACCACUGCUACAACCUUGACAUCU